GGGCUCGAGUGCGGCGCGGAGCCGGCGGAGGGCGCGGCCCAGUCCGGCGGCACCAUGAGCGUGGAGGCGUACGGGCCCAGCUCGCAGACGCUCACCUUCCUGGACACCGAGGAGGCCGAGCUUCUCGGCGCCGAUACUCAGGGCUCCGAGUUCGAGUUCACCGACUUUACCCUCCCCAGCCAGACGCAGACACCCCCCGGCGGCGGCGCGGGAGGCCCUGGCGGAGCAGGCGCGGGCGCGGCGGCCGGACAGCUCGACGCGCAGGUUGGGCCUGAGGGCAUCUUACAGAAUGGGGCUGUGGAUGACAGCGUGACCAAGACCAGCCAGCUUCUGGCAGAACUGAACUUUGAGGAAGAUGAAGAAGACACUUACUACACCAAGGACCUUCCCAUCCACGCCUGCAGUUACUGUGGAAUCCAUGACCCUGCAUGCGUGGUCUACUGCAACACCAGCAAGAAGUGGUUCUGCAACGGUCGCGGCAAUACUUCUGGCAGCCACAUUGUAAAUCACCUGGUGAGGGCAAAGUGCAAGGAGGUGACUCUGCACAAGGAUGGGCCACUUGGGGAGACGGUGCUGGAGUGCUACAACUGCGGCUGCCGUAAUGUCUUCCUGCUAGGCUUCAUCCCCGCCAAGGCCGACUCAGUUGUGGUGUUGCUCUGCAGGCAGCCCUGUGCUAGCCAGAGCAGCCUCAAGGACAUCAAUUGGGACAGCUCGCAAUGGCAACCUCUGAUCCAGGACCGCUGCUUCUUGUCUUGGCUGGUCAAGAUCCCCUCUGAGCAGGAGCAGCUGCGGGCACGCCAAAUCACUGCCCAGCAGAUCAACAAACUAGAGGAGCUAUGGAAGGAAAACCCUUCAGCUACCCUGGAGGACUUAGAGAAGCCAGGCGUGGAUGAGGAGCCUCAGCACGUUCUCCUGCGGUAUGAGGAUGCUUACCAGUACCAGAACAUCUUUGGACCCCUUGUCAAGCUGGAGGCUGACUAUGACAAGAAGCUGAAGGAAUCACAGACUCAAGAUAACAUCACAGUCAGGUGGGACCUGGGCCUUAACAAGAAGAGAAUCGCCUUCUUCACUUUGCCCAAGACUGACUCUGGUAAUGAGGACUUAGUCAUAAUUUGGUUAAGAGACAUGCGGCUCAUGCAGGGGGAUGAGAUCUGCCUACGGUACAAAGGGGACCUUGCACCCCUGUGGAAGGGGAUUGGCCAUGUCAUCAAGGUCCCCGACAAUUAUGGUGAUGAGAUCGCCAUUGAGCUACGUAGCAGUGUGGGUGCCCCUGUGGAGGUGACGCACAACUUCCAGGUGGAUUUUGUGUGGAAGUCCACUUCCUUUGAUAGGAUGCAGAGUGCACUGAAGACCUUUGCUGUGGAUGAGACUUCUGUGUCAGGUUACAUCUACCACAAAUUGCUUGGCCAUGAGGUGGAGGACGUGGUCAUCAAGUGCCAGCUGCCUAAGCGCUUCACAGCACAAGGGCUCCCUGACCUCAACCACUCGCAGGUGUACGCUGUGAAGACUGUGCUGCAAAGACCACUGAGCCUGAUCCAAGGCCCGCCAGGCACGGGCAAGACUGUGACCUCAGCCACCAUUGUCUAUCACUUGGCUCGGCAGGGCAAUGGACCUGUGCUGGUGUGUGCCCCGAGUAACAUUGCUGUGGAUCAACUCACAGAGAAGAUCCACCAGACAGGGCUGAAGGUUGUGCGCCUCUGUGCCAAGAGCCGGGAGGCCAUUGACUCCCCGGUAUCCUUCCUUGCCCUGCACAAUCAGAUCAGAAACAUGGACAGCAUGCCGGAGCUGCAGAAGCUGCAACAGCUGAAGGAUGAGACUGGGGAGCUGUCAUCAGCUGAUGAGAAGCGGUAUCGCGCCCUCAAGCGCACUGCUGAGAGAGAGCUACUCAUGAAUGCAGAUGUCAUCUGCUGUACCUGUGUGGGUGCUGGUGAUCCAAGGCUGGCCAAGAUGCAGUUCCGUUCCAUCCUCAUUGAUGAGAGCACCCAGGCCACCGAGCCAGAGUGUAUGGUUCCUGUAGUCCUUGGGGCCAAACAGCUGAUCCUUGUGGGGGACCAUUGCCAGCUGGGCCCAGUGGUGAUGUGCAAGAAGGCAGCCAAGGCCGGGCUGUCCCAGUCACUAUUUGAGCGCCUUGUGGUGCUGGGCAUCCGCCCCAUCCGCCUGCAGGUGCAGUACCGCAUGCACCCCGCACUCAGCGCCUUCCCAUCCAACAUCUUCUACGAGGGCUCGCUCCAGAAUGGUGUCACUGCAGCGGACCGUGUCAAGAAGGGGUUUGACUUCCAGUGGCCACAGCCUGAUAAGCCCAUGUUCUUCUACGUGACCCAGGGCCAGGAAGAGAUUGCCAGCUCUGGCACGUCUUACCUCAACAGGACGGAAGCUGCCAAUGUGGAGAAGAUUACCACAAAGCUGUUGAAAGCUGGUGCCAAGCCUGACCAGAUUGGAAUCAUCACACCUUACGAGGGCCAGCGGUCCUAUCUGGUCCAGUACAUGCAGUUCAGCGGCUCACUGCACACCAAGCUUUAUCAGGAAGUGGAGAUUGCCAGCGUAGAUGCCUUCCAGGGACGCGAGAAGGAUUUUAUCAUCUUAUCAUGUGUACGGGCCAAUGAACACCAGGGAAUUGGGUUUUUAAAUGAUCCACGGCGUCUUAAUGUGGCCCUCACCAGAGCAAGGUAUGGCGUGAUCAUUGUGGGCAACCCGAAGGCCCUGUCAAAGCAGCCGCUGUGGAACCACCUGCUGAGCUACUACAAGGAGCAGAAGGCACUGGUGGAGGGGCCACUCAACAACCUGCGGGAGAGCCUUAUGCAGUUCAGCAAGCCUCGCAAGCUCGUCAACACUGUCAACCCGGGGGCCCGCUUCAUGACCACAGCCAUGUAUGAUGCCCGGGAGGCUAUCAUCCCUGGAUCUGUGUAUGACCGCAGCAGCCAGGGCCGGCCCUCAAACAUGUACUUCCAGACCCACGACCAGAUCGGCAUGAUCAGCACAGGUCCCAGCCACGUGGCCGCCAUGAACAUCCCCAUUCCCUUUAACUUGGUCAUGCCACCCAUGCCACCACCUGGCUACUUUGGACAGGCCAAUGGGCCAGCCGCAGGCCGGGGCACCCCAAAAACCAAGACUGGCCGUGGGGGCCGCCAGAAGAACCGCUUUGGGCUUCCUGGGCCCAGCCAGACCACCCUUCCCAGCAGCCAGGCCAGCCAGGAUGUGGCCUCACAGCCCUUCUCCCAGGGUGCCCUCACACAGGGUUAUGUCUCCAUGAGCCAACCUUCGCAGAUGAGCCAGCCGGGCCUCUCCCAGCCUGAGCUGUCACAGGACAGUUACCUUGGUGAUGAGUUUAAAUCACAGAUUGAUGUGGCGCUGUCGCAGGAUUCCACAUACCAAGGAGAACGGGCAUACCAGCACGGCGGGGUCACCGGGCUGUCCCAGUACUAGAAGGUGGCGGCAGAAGAGCUAAGCUAUGUGGCUUAGUCUAUCAGCAUCUUAUUCUGGGUCAUAAAAAAUAAAAAUAAAUGGAUACCUGUUUUCCACUGCUAAAACUGACGCACCACUGUGUGAGCAGCCGAGAGGAGAGGAGAGGAGAGGAGAGCAAGAGCCAGCGGAGCGAGUGGCCAGGGAGGACGAAGGAGCGAGGAGCGAGCGCCCCCCUGCGGGCGGCGAGAGGAGAAGAGCGCGGCGCCGCGGCCCUGCACCGCUGCGGAGGCCGGCCGGCGCCCCUGCGCCUGCGCCUGCGCCUGCCGGGGAGGGAGAGGACCUCGGCUCAGAGGAGCCCUUUCCUCUGUUCUUUUUCUUUGUUUCUCUUGAUUGGAAGGGGACUACGUUUUAGCAGGACGAACUUCGCAUUUCUGUGCCCAGGCGGGCGCCCUGCUGUGGCCAGUAGUGGUCUGUUUCUGCGGUCCCGGCGCUAAGGGGUUUUGUUUAGAAAAUACGGUGUUUGGGGUUUUUCUGUUUUUUUGUUUGUUUUUUUCUUUUUUUUUUCAAAGGAGAACUGAAAGCUGUUUUCCUAAGUUUGUCCUAAGACGUUAGUGGUGGACUUGGGAGACCUGAGGAGCUUCCAGAAAGGAGCCAGCGCAUCUGCAGCCUGGCAUCGACCUGUGCGCAGAGAAUUGAAGUUUGAGCUUCAGCUGUGCGGGCAGCGUUCCCAGAGCGCACGGCCCACGCCAAGGUGUCCACGGGACUGGCCUGAGGCCAGGGCUGGAAGGUGGCUGACCCGUCCUAACUCGGCUGCAAAGUCGCAGCCGCCACCGGACCCUCCCUGCCCCCAGCUCGCCAACCUGAGGGGCCCAUGCUUUGACGGGAAAACAAGUAGAAGGGGCGUGGACGAGUUUGUCGCCUCUGGUCACAGGCUCUCAGCUGGGCCUGCACUUUGAUACAAGCUCAGGCCAUGCACACUUGGAGGGUACCCUCCGCUGCCCUGGCGACCACCGCAUGGAGGACCACGUCCUUCCUGCCCAGACGACCCCCACCCUGACAUCCUACCUGCGUGUCCCCGCGGCUUCCCAGGCCGUCUUCCUCCAGCAGGACUUUCCAUCUAGGGCUUUGUCCCCUUUGGUAGCCGCUAGAGGCUGUUUGGACCGGCUGGACCCCCGCCGCUUCCCUCUGCUGUGUGCCCUUGCUUUGUCCCCAAUGUCCCCACCCUUCCCCCCCCCCCCCCCCACCGAGGCACAUUUGCAACAACGCAAUGGAACUUGAUUUUUGGUCAAAUUUGUUUUAAGCUUUUUGUCACCAAUAAAAUAUUAACAAACGG